AUGGCAACGCUGCAGGCGGCCAAUGAGGAGCUACGAUGUAAACUGACGGAGAUCCAGAUAGAACUGCAGCAUGAAAAGACCAAAGUCAGCCGGUUGGAACGUGACAAAGCCGCAGAGCUGAAGGCAGAACAUCACCGCUCGGCUGCUGCUUUGACGGCGCUUCGGUCUAAACUCCACGAUGAGAAGAUCAAAGAAGUGGGCGGAGUCAGAGAGCAAUUACUACGGCAACAUGAGAUGGAGCUUAUGAGGGUCAUCAAGAUCAAAGACCAGGAAAUACUUCGACUCAAUACUCUGGUGCGCACCUCUCUGGUGUCUGAGUGGGAGGAGUCUCGCAGGAGUUGGGAGGUGGAGAGGUCGCGCCUCUUGCAGGAGAACCAGGAGUUACGAUCUUCUCGACGCAGCAGUGAAGAAGCUCUAAUGUCUGCUCAAACAAACGCAGCUGAAAGAACACAGGAGCUACGCAGCGCCCACUACAGGCACCAGGAGGAACUGCAGCGGGGCAGGAGGGAGAGUGAGAGAGAGAUACGCCGCCUGAUGGAGGAGAUCCGUCUGAAGGACAGAGCGGUCUCGGUUCUGGACAAAGCGCUGGGUCUUCAGGCGGGACACGCCCAUAGACUGCAGCUGCAGACGCAGGCAGCGGAACAGCAAAUCACAGCCCUCCGAGACGCUCAAAGGGCGGGACCAGGCCAGGGACUGGCCAAUCAGAGCCUGCCGGACGACAGAGACCUGCGUCGUUUUCAGCUGAAAAUUGCAGAGUUGAGUUCAAUCGUCCGGAAACUGGAGGAUCGCAACAAACUGCUGUCAGAGGAACGCAACGAGCUGCUGAAGCGCCUCCGUGAUGCUGAGUCUCAGUUUCUUCCAGUUUUGGACAAAAACAAACGUUUGAGUAAAAAGAACGAGGAACUGGCUCUGAGUGUGAGGAGACUGAAGAACAAGCUGAGAUAUAUGACCCAGGAGCACCUGGAGAAAUCCAGCAUGAGGAGACCGUCUUCUCUGAAUGAUCUGGACCGGUCCUGUUUCCGCGGUUACGACGACAGAGAGAUGGAGUUUCUACGGUUACAGGUGAUGGAGCAGCAGAGCGUCAUCGACGACCUCAGCAAGGCCCUGGACACUGCCGAUUACGUCAAGAACGUGAUUGAGAGAGAUAUGCUGCUGAGACACAGACGACACGACUCAUUUAAAAGGAGGCGAUUCAGAGCCUGCAGGGUAGUGGAGACCUUCUUUGGGUACGAUGAGGAGGUCUCUCUGGACUCUGAUGCCUCGACUCCGUCAGUCCGGACUCCAGACCUGGAGCCGGACUCUGAGGUGAGGGAGGAAGCGGAACUUCGGUAUCGUCAGUUGAAUCAGGAGUACCAGGCUCUACAGCGCGCAUACGCUCUACUGUCCCAGACCAGCGGGGGGCGCUACGACCCCGAGACUGAGAUCAAGAGCCGAGAGCAGCUGCUGCUGGAGCUCGCUCUGUUUCAAACCAAAGUCACUGAUCUGGAGUCAGCGCUAAGCGACAAGGGACAGGACGUGUCGUGGGUGGAGCAGAAGCAGCUACUAUUUCAGAAGAACCAGGAACUGCUGGAGAAGGUGAGUGAGAGUGAGUGCGAGGAGCAGCGGCUCCGCUCCGAGCUUCAGGACCUCAGAGAUCAGAACGAGCUUCUGGAGUUCAGGAUCCUGGAGCUGGAGGAGAGGGAACGCCGCUCUCCUGUUCUGUUCCAACAACUACACUUCCCAGAAGGCCUCAGUGCUCUGCAGAUCUACUGCCAGGCAGAAGGAGUCACGGACGUGGUGAUGUCUGACCUCAUGAAGAAGUUGGAUAUAUUGGGAGAUAACGCCACUCUGUCAAAUGAGGAGCAGGUGGUGGUGAUUCAGGCCCGGACUGUGCUGACGCUCGCUGAGAAGUGGUUGGAGUCGGUGGAAAUGACUCGUUCUUCUCUGAACCAAACCAGACUGGACAUCCAGACUGAGAAGGAGCACUUCUCUAAACUGAAGGGGUAUCUGGACGAGGAGCUGGACUACAGGAAACAGUCCAUGGACGAAGCUCACAAGCGAAUCCUGGAGCUGGAGGCCAUGUUGUAUGAAGCGUUACGAUUGGACGAGCACUCUUCACUCAAACAGGAGCUCCAAGCUGACAGGCUAACGGGAGAGCAGAGGGCGGAGCUAAGUAGAGCCAUGGACCAAUGGAAACGCAGCGUUAUGUGUGAGCUGAGAGAACGCGAUGCACAAAUACUGAGGGAGCGAAUGGAGCUACUGCAGCUAGCACAACAGAGAAACAAAGAUCUAGAAGAAGUGAUCGAAGCACAGAAACGACAGAUCAAAGAACUGGAGGAGAAGUUCCUCUUCUUGUUCCUCUUCUUCUCUCUGGCCUUCAUCCUCUGGUCUUGA